CCCGCCUCCUCCCCAGCUACUUCCUGGUGGAACCCACGUGGACCGCGCCAAGCGAGCAUCCAAACAACAACAUGGCCAGCAACGGGCUCACCUACGACGGCUGCAACUUCUUCAGGCAACGCCUGGUUUUGUCCACGCUGAGCGGGAAGCGUGUGAAGAUCCGCAACAUCAGGUCCAAAGAGGAUGACCCGGGCCUGCGGGAUUUUGAGGCCAGCUUCAUCAGACUUCUUGACAAAGUGACCAACGGCUCCACGAUAGAAAUAAACCAGACAGGCACCGUGUUGUUCUACAGGCCAGGGUUACUUUACGGGGGCUGCAUAGAACACGACUGCAGCCUGCAGCGCUCCGUUGGCUACUACUUGGAGGCCCUGCUCAUGCUCGCGCCCUUCAUGAAGACUCCUCUGAAGGCCACCCUCAGGGGCGUCACCAAUGACCCCACGGACCCAACGGUGGAUAUGCUGAAGUUCACAGCUCUUCCUGUGAUGAAGAAGUUUGGCAUCGAUGGCGAGGGCUUGGACCUUAAGGUGUUGAAGAGAGGAAUGGCGCCCGGCGGUGGCGGGGAGGUGUUGUUUACGUGUCCUGUCAGGAGGAUCAUCAGGCCCGUGCAGCUCACAGAGCCAGGGAAGAUCAAAAGAAUUCGAGGUGUGGCAUAUUCAGUCAGAGUUUCCCCUCAGAUGGCAAACAGGAUUGUGGAGUCGGCCCGAGGGGUCCUGAACCAGUUCAUUCCAGACAUCUACAUCCACACGGACCACAUGAAAGGAGUCCACUCUGGCAAGUCGCCUGGUUUCGGUGUGACGCUGGUAGCGGAGACUCUGGAAGGUGUUUUUCUCAGCGCCGAGAUGGCGUCCACGCCGCAGGGACAAGGAGACCCCGUUUUGCCCGAGGACCUCGGACGCAACUGUGCCAAGCUGCUGCUGGAGGAAAUACAUCGGGGCGGCUGUGUGGAUUCGUCCAAUCAGAGCCUGGCGCUGCUCCUGAUGACCCUUGGCCAACAGGACGUGUCGAAGCUCUUGCUUGGCCCGCUCUCGCCGUACACGGUGGAGUUCCUCCGACACGUUAGAGACUUUUUCCAGAUCAUGUUCAAAAUGGACGUGCGGAAGCCUUUAGAGGACGAGAGGAAAGGCGGCGAGAAAGUCCUCAUGACGUGCGUCGGGGUGGGUUACAGCAACUUAAACAAAACCCUGAAAUAAACCAAGCCUUUUCUGCACAAA